AUGUCCACGUCCACGCCCAAACCCAUGUACGGCCUCACCGCCGUCCCAGCAACCCCCAACACCCUACUAACAAAUAAACGACCAACCCAACCCCCAAGCCCAACCAGCGUCCAGCAAACCCCAAUCCCAAACACCCCACUAGCCCAACGCAUAAACAGCUACGCGCACCACCAUCUCCCAGAGGAAACAUAUAACCACUCUCUCCGGGUGUACCACUACGGCCAAGCAAUCAAAGCCUACCGGUUCCCGGCAUCUCAAUUCCCAGAAUGGCAUUUCGACGACGAGACGUAUUUCCUAGCGUGCGUGUUGCAUGAUAUCGGGACCACCAGGGAGAAUCUAAGGGCUACGAGGUUGAGUUUUGAGUUUUAUGGGGGGUUGCUUGCUUUAAGAGUUUUGCAGGAUGUUAAUGCCACUCAUUCUCAUUCUCAUGCCCAUUCCCAUGCUGGUGUGAAUGCAGGUGCGGACAGUGAUGAGGACAAGGUGGAGAUCCGAACUGGAACUGGGAUCGGGGUUGGUGCCAGCAGUGUCGGUGGUCCUGCUGCAACGACAACCGCAACUAAUGCCAAUGCCGCGGCGCCGCGUGAACAAGCUGAGAGUGUGGCGGAAGCCAUUAUUCGGCAUCAGGAUUUGUGCCAUGUAGGCAAGAUGACGGCUGUGGGACAACUAUUGCAGUUGGCGACGAUCUUUGAUAAUACUGGCGCCUAUGCUGAUCUCGUUCAUGCUGAUACCAUCAAGGAUGUCUGUGCGCAUUUCCCAAGGAUGAAGUGGAGUCGUUGUUUUGUUGCUGCUGUUCAACAGGAGAUUGAGUUGAAGCCUUGGGCUCAUAGUACUGCUUUGGGUGAGGAGUUCGAGCAAAAAGUGCUUGGUAAUAGGUUGAUGGAGCCUUAUGAGUGA